AGACCACCUUCCUUCAAACACACUCUAAAAGCUAAAAAUAAACAUAGGCUUAUCUAAUAUUUGUGAGGAUGAUACUUCCCUUAUUCUUCAUUUUUUGUCUCUUCAGCAGCUCCCAUGCUGCUGUGCAAGACUUCUGUGUCGGUGACCUCACGGCUCCUCAAGGCCCUGCAGGCUACUCUUGCAAGAAUCCUUCAAAGGUCACAGUGAAUGAUUUUGUUUUCUCUGGCCUAGGCACUCCUGGUAACACCUCAAAUCUUAUUAAAGCCGCAGUGACACCAGCAUUCGCUGCGCAAUUUCCUGGUGUCAAUGGCCUUGGAAUUUCUUUUGCUCGUUUAGACUUGGCACCUGGCGGAGUUGUGCCAUUUCACACACAUCCUGGAGGUUCAGAAAUCUUACUUGUUGUGCAAGGAACAAUCCUUGCCGGGUUUGUUUCCUCAGCUAACACUGUAUACUUUAAAUCCCUUAAGAAGGGUGACAUUAUGGUUUUCCCUCAAGGAUUACUUCACUUCCAAGUAAAUGCAGGAGGGUCUGUGGCUAUUGCAUUUGUUAGCUUCAGUAGUUCGAGCCCAGGUCUCCAAAUUCUGGACUAUGCUUUGUUUGGGAACAAUUUACCUACUGAAUUGGUAGCAGCAACUACUUUCCUUGACACAGCUCAGAUUAAAAAGCUUAAAGGUGUUCUUGGUGGAACUGGUUAAGGUCUUCGGAGAUCAUCUGCCAAUAAAAAUGUUUCCAGAGAUUCUCUUAAUUAAUUUUUUUUUUUUUUUGGUUUGUGUUCAUUCCCAUGGUUUCUUUGUCAUGAUUGAGAAGGCCUGUAAGAGUAGGAUUCUUCAAGUCAGUAGCAGUUUCUAGCUAGCUAGGUUUAUUAAUAAAAAGAGUCUUGUGAGUGA